CGGACCCGGUGGGGAAGCGGCUCUGUACUUGUUGCCACGUCGGUUUAGCUGUUGAACCUGGUUUAUUCAUUUAGAAAGAAUUAAAGAGGAGUUUUUCUGGAGUGUUUUCUUCUGUGGCCGCAGUCAUGGUUUCCGUUAUUAACACGGUGGACACCUCUCACGAGGACAUGAUCCACGAUGCCCAGAUGGACUACUACGGCACUCGACUCGCCACCUGCUCCUCUGACCGCACUGUAAAGAUCUUCGAUGUCAGAAACGGAGGGCAGAUCUUGGUAGCAGAGCGGACCCCUACCACAACAACACCAGCAGGCCACGAGGGUCCAGUGUGGCAGGUGGCGUGGGCGCACCCGAUGUUUGGCAACAUUCUUGCUUCCUGUUCCUAUGACCGUAAAGUCAUCAUCUGGAAGGAGGAGAACGGAGCCUGGGACAAGAUGUAUGAAUACUGUGGACACGAGUCUUCAGUGAACUCUGUCUGUUGGGGUCCCUAUGACUUUGGUCUGAUCUUGGCCUGCGGCAGCUCGGACGGAGCCAUUUCUCUUCUCACAUUCACUGGUGAUCAGCAGUGGGACGUCAAGAAGAUCAGCAACGCACACACUAUUGGCUGUAACGCAGUGAGCUGGGCUCCUGCUGUAGUUCCCGGCAGCCUGAUUGAUCAGCCAUCGGGUCAGAAACCAAACUACGUCAAACGCUUCGUCUCAGGAGGCUGCGACAACCUCGUCAAACUCUGGAAAGAGGAGGACGGUCAGUGGAAGGAGGACCAGAAGCUGGAGGCUCACAGUGAUUGGGUGAGAGACGUCGGCUGGGCUCCUUCUAUCGGUCUUCCCACCAGCACCAUCGCCAGCUGCUCUCAGGACGGACGCGUGUUCAUCUGGACGUGCGAUGACCCAGCGGGCAACACCUGGACGGCCAAACUGCUCCAUAAGUUCAACGAUGUUGUUUGGCACGUCAGCUGGUCCAUCACUGGAAAUAUACUGGCUGUUUCUGGAGGAGACAACAAGGUGACGCUGUGGAAGGAGUCGAUGGAUGGUCAGUGGGCGUGUAUCAGUGACGUCAGCAAGGGCCAGGGCGCCGUCUCCACCAUCACAGACACACAGCAGAACGAGCAGUGACACACACACACACGAACACACACAUACACACAUUUCUAGCAACGACCCCUGACUCUACGAGGAUGACCCGACUCUUCACAGAUGAAUUAAGCGUUAAGAAACAUGACGGACAUUUGACCAAACAUUGUCCACUCUGAUUGAGCUACUUUAGGGUGUUCUUGUUUUGUGUUGACAUUAUGAGUCAAACAGGAGUUCAGCUGCACCGUUUGUUUGACAAAAAUGCUCCUAAAUUUGAUCAGAAAGCUAAGAAACCUUCACAGUUGUAAGACCCUGAAAUCUUAUUUUUAUCAGAUGCACUCCACAGAGUUUCAACAUGCACACUAAAGCUUGUCCAGACAUUACGUGGUACAGUUUCACAGCUGUCCUCCUCCCCGUCCCAUGAUGCUCUGCUCCUGAAACAUUCCACCUCCACCAGCGGAGAACGAAACUCUAAACAUCGCCCAGGAUGAUCUCUUAACUUUCAGCCCUUUAUUUUAUUUACUUGUUAGCCCAAACAGCUCUGUAAUCUCUGUAUUGAGCAGGAAAGCCUAGGUGCAACUGUAAAACUGUUAUCUCUACAAUAUCUUUAAUAUUUGCCGCAGAAGUAGCUUUACUGCUCGGGCAGUGAGACAAAUCAGAAAAAGAAAUGCAUCCUCAACUUCAGCCGCUAAAUUUAACAAAGAAUAAAUAAAUAUAUGAUUUAUCUGGUAAACUAUUGAUGAGUACACAUUCUUUUCAACACAAUACAAAAUGUGUCAAUAACCACAGAGUCAUCAGGUGUUUGUGAAUUCAGAACCUGCCUUAAAUAAUCAGCCACAAAUGGCAUACUUUGUAAACAGUUUUUGAUUAUUUUCUUUCAGAUGUAAGAUCGGACAACCAUGGAUGUGUUUUUUCAUAUAUGAUGUAAUUAAAUAUAUAUAAUGUUAGAAUA